AUGGCAGACGCCAGAGCGACAAACGUUAAGAAGAAGAAGAAGAAGAAGAAGAAGGAGGAGGAGGAGGAGGAGGAGGAGGAGGAGGAGGAGAAGAAUAGUAGUGGCGACCUACCCCAUAAAAUGCUAACUAAAAUUCUGAAAUGGGAUUUCAACUAGAAAAGGAUGACUUGGGGGCGGUUUUUAUAUUGGUCAGCAUGCAGUAUAGUACUAGGAUAUUUCGGUCAUUCCAGGAUGCGGCCUUUGAGUGUGCCGAAACUGCUUACGUUAAAAGAUGACUUCUUAAGCAGUGUGCAUCUUCCCAGUGGUUUUCGACGGCUCUAAAAAUUCAAAUAUUUUGAUAGAAAACACCAACAAGAAUGGGCUUUCUAUUACUCAUCUGGCAGCAAAUUACAUUUUACUCAAAUAUAAUAGUCGAAAAAUUGUUUACUAUAUGCUAAAAAGUGCAUUUUUUACCUCCAAAUAAUUUUGAAUCCGAAACUACAUUCUGUAUUUCUGCUGUUCAAAAAAAUCACCCACGUUUCAACGCUAUUUAUAAGACGUCAUACAGAUUGCUGGUUGUUAAAAAAAACCAACUUAAUUAGUUCGUGCAUGGAAAGAGCAGCGGCCAAUGUAACGACUAUCUGCAGACGAUAUGAUGAAGUUUUGCUUUUUAAUUUCUUAGAAAUUAACUGCGAACUUAGAGUAGAUCAGUAUAUUUAAGGUCUACAGACUCGGAACAAAAUGGUAUGUGUGAACAACGAUUUCUUAAUUGGAGUAUCUACCAGAAAACAGACAGGAAAAGCUGUGGGACCCACUGACGAGCCGAGCUAUGUCAUACAGCAGCAGAAUAUCGGCAAAACACGCGUUUAUGGGCUUUUAGCUGGUACUUCUGCUGUUAGUAUGGUAUCACCUUACCUCGACGUACACAACUAGCUGCCUGUCAGCAGUUAAUGAAUAUUGCGCAGUUAUCCGCUGUGGCUAAUGGACUUCGGCCCAGAUAUUCAUGCAUCCAUUUUCGUUCUGUGCCUAUAGACCCUCGUAUAGACUGAUCUACUCCAUGUUAGCAGUUUAUUCAUGUGGAAAUUAAAAAGCAACUAUUUCUAAAGUGGAGUAUCUACCGGAAAGUACAGGGGGAGUGAUAUGGUGUCCACUGAAGAGCCGAAGCCCUAGCAGUUGUGCCAUGAAGCGGCAGAAUGUCGGCAAAAUACGCGUGUCUGGGCUUUUUACUAGUAUUCGUGCUCCCAGUAUGGUAUCUUCGGUAACAAUCGGGAGAUGGCACCCAAAAAAAUCCGCUACCUAGAAAUAAUACUUUAACAGUAGACUCAAACGCCUUCAGGCUAUAUCAGCGGUUGCAGGCCUACUUUCACGCACUAAUUGGACUUUCCGCGACGGCCUAACAUGGGCUGGCUGAACGAACAUCGCAGGAGGUUACAUGGGCGAUGGUCGCUGUUACCCAACCUUCCCCAUCUUUACACGCGUACACCUGAAUAUACGGCAUACAUUCGCAUUAUGGCCGUUUAUUACGAAACAAAAUCACUUUUAAAUAGGAUACGUCUGCACAACAUGGGACAGGAACAGUUCGCAGGCAUCUGCCAAAGACAUGGCAUUGAGGCCAAACCAAAGACGAUACUGUACUUCAUCUAUGUCAGCCCACACAGCUCGACCACAUACAGGGCCUCUCUCGUGCUGUUUCCUUUUCAGUCUACUCCAGUAUGCCUCAAUGGCAUUGGUGUGCCGUCCGAUGGUAGGGUCCUUGAAAUUCUUUGAGUGGUUAGCAGAGAAAUGUAGAUAACCUUCUGAAGGAAGACGAUUAUACACCUUCCAGUCGUCCGUUACCACUACACUGCCCUUGGCGACCCAUUUUGUAAUAACGUAACGGAGAGCGGGCCAACUUCGAUCAUUCACCUGUUCAAAUAAGGCUUUCCGUCGGCUAGUAUCGUACAUCCCGAACAGCUACCAUCCAGAAAACCCUUAUUACUACCUGUCCCGUAAGACAGGCUGCUUUGGUUAGGCGGAUUUUUUGGAUGCCAUCUCCCGAUUGUUACCGUAUCUUCUGAUGCUAAACCAUCAUAGGGAUAUCAUAAAAAUCUACAGUGGGUGCAUACAGUUUUGUAAACUUGAUAAGCAACACUAAUGUGCGUACAGAUACGAUGCUGUACAAAAGCGUACUUCAAGGUUAUAAAAAAUCUUUCUUCACGUACACAAUUAAGGAGGAUGUAGGUUAUCACCAAAAGAAUAAUCCGUUUUUUACAAAAUAUAUUUAUGUACAUUUAUAAGGGUAUAGAAAAUAAAAGAGAAGAAAAAGCAUGCUAAUUAGGUUCUCAAAUGUGGCUGGUUUUAGGCGGCCAUGAAGAAGCCCAUUCGAAAGUAAACGUUAUGGCGAGGAUGAGAUAACUGGGGACUAUGUUGACCUAUAAUCUAUAGCACAACCCACCCAGGUAAUCCUUUGUAAAUGUAAACGCGUUUCAGAACAUCCAUGCUCAAGUCGAGCACAUCCAGUCUCCUGCGCCGUGAGAGUACCUUCUAAUUUAAACAUGGAGUCAACUGUUGCUAGUUCUUGUCGUUUUUUUAAUUUCCUCAGAAAUUAUCUACGCAGUUGGAGUAGAUCAGUUUAUUCAAGACCUACAGGUACAGACCGAGAAGUUGAUACAUGAAAAUUUGGGCCAAAGUCCAUCCGCCACAGCGGGUAACCGUGUAAUAUUCAUUAACUGUCGACAGGCAGCUAGUAGUAUGCUUGAGGGUAAGGUGAUAUCAUACUAACAGCACAUGUACUAGCCAAACGCCCACACACGCGUGUUUCGCCAGCUGCCAGGGGUUCGGCUCAUCAGUAUACUGCGAGCUGCCUGCCGGCAGUCAAUGAAUAUUACACGGUUACCCGCUGUGGCUGAUGCACUAUGGCCCAAAUAUUCAUGUAUAAAAUCCUCAGUCUGUGCCUAUAGACCUUGAAUAAACCGAUCUACUCCAACUUCGUAGAGCAUCUGCGAAUGUCUCUGAUGAUGGGCUCGAGUGAGAACCCGAAACGUCAGGCCAAUAAACUUCUUGUCCCAGUGAUCGCAUCUUCAUCUUCUGAAAUUAAAAAGCCAUAAUUCCUAAAUUGCAGUAUCUAUCAGAAAACUCACGGGAAUGCUGGGGGACUCGCUGAUGAGCCGAAACCCUGGCAGCUGUGCCAUGAAGCUGCAAAACAUCGGCAAAACACGCACAUAUGGGCUUUUGGCUAGUACCUGUGCUGUUAGUAUGGUACCACCUUACCCUAGAGUGUUGCUACUUCUGGAAAUAGGUCCCUGCUGGCUGAAUGUCAGCUGCAUUUGAAACUAGAUCAUCCAAAAUGCAACCCGUAUGACAUGCGAGGAGGCCAGAGCGCUAAGGGAUGAUCGUGGGUAGAUGUGAGGCAACAGUUAUCUACGACCGACAAUUCCGCUUGCGAGGGUUGAAAGGCCACUCAUGGACGGCCGGGUUGCGUGAACUUCGUCAUAAAAUCAGGACUAACCCGCAAAUUCCACAUUUAAGUGCUGGAUAUUCAUCAUUCGACAGACCAAUCGUCUCAUUCGGCGGUGUCCAGCGCGUGCCCACGAUGGUAAGAUACGCGUGAGAUGCACACUUCAUUGUCUGGUGACGCACAGAUUCGGGACGUCCGGAGGCCCGUUUACGCGUGCCACACACAUGAUUUGGCAAAACGAGGGGCGAUCUGGAACUCGCGUGAGCAUUCAGAAAUGAAUCAGGAGUCAAAAAGCGAAUAACAAGUUCCAGGAAGAAGAAGAAGAAGAAGAAGAAGAAGAAGAAGAAGAAGAAGAAGAAAAAGGAGAAGUAGACGUAUACCGACUUGACGUUUCGGAUUCUCACUGGAACCCAUCAUCAGAGGCAGCCGCAGAGGACAGCAGUAGAGGCGCAAGGGGCGCAGUAUCUAUAGAACGCAGUCGCCAGCCUACCACCCGUCUACAAUAAUCAGCAGCAAUCUCAUUCAUCGCUGCAGCACAGAAUAUGGUGGCGGGAGGUCAUUGCGCUUGAUAAUUAAAUGACUCAGACAGGUCGCAGCCCACGCGGUAAUCACCUCUUGUGAGAAUUUCGGCCUGGUCAAACUUGAAGGUGUGGCUGAGCCCCAUCAAAAAAGCUACGAUCUGGGAACAAGCGUCAUUCCUCCCCACUGCAGGUGCAUGCUCGGCCUUUCGCGUCCAGGGCAGUCUCCCAGUUUCUGUAAAGUAGUUGCUUUGCCCACAACUGCAUUAGACCGGGUAAACGACUCCGAAUAUUGCCUGUCGUAGAAGUGGGCUUUUCAGCCUCAUGACCUGGCGUCUGAUGGUUGUUUCUGGUCUGUGUACAACUCCAACUCUAAGUGGAGUGAGGAGGUGACUGACAGUUUUCGAGACGUUCUUAACAUGCGAUAGUACUCGCCAAAAUCUGGGAUCGGUUGAAUCUGGUGUCUAUCCACAUUAACGCCUGCACCAGAGGACAAAUUUGAGCGGGUAAUCGCUUGCUAUAAGCAGUCGUCGAAGGUAUUUUAAUUAAUCAACCGUGUCUUUCGGUUUACUGCACUGAGUCUCGGCACGCCGGUACAACGCCUUACACAACUGCGUUUGCGGCUGCUUAGGAGGUUGUUGCUGAAGCUCAGUACUUGAAUCCUAUCAUUUGCUAUCAUUUUAGAAUAUAAAAAUAUUUGCUACAGACGAGGAGAUCAAGGAAGACAAGCUGGUUGUCUUUUCUCUACUCCGUCGUGAAUUAUAUGUCUAGAAAGACGGCGGUCAGAUGUUCCUCGAAUGCCAUCACCGGAUCCUGUUCGAUAAUGCAGAAGGCUCUAUUCACAAACCGAGCCCAGAUUUUGGGUCAGUGUUUUCGGAAGACCAGUGACUUCAACCACUGUAGGAUGCUGCAGCAUUGAGUCCUACAAUCGGCGGACCCAUUGGCUGGCCGAUCAGUUCAUGGAUGGGACGCGUUUGCUCCCAGUGAGUUGUCUACCUACACUCAGAAUCGUUUUCUGCAGAGGUGUCUCGAUAACAACGUGUUGUCGAGGUGUAUUUCAUAUGAACAUCUGGUAGACACAGAACCGGCGAGACGGGCAGCAUUUCAAAAUGAAAGACGAAUGCUCUGAGUGCUCCUUCAAGACUGUCGCCCCAGGAGAUCGCAUUCAACCUAUCCCAGAUUUCUGCUAGUGAUACCGUACGUGGAGAGAGACCAGAUUCAACCGGUAUCCGAUUUUGGCGAGUGAUAUCGUAUGUUAAGAACGUCUCAAAAACUGUCGGUCGCCUUCUCACUCCACUUAGAGUUGGAGUUGUACACAGACCAGAAACAACCAUCAGGCGCCAGGUCAUGAAGCCGAAAAGCCCGCUGCCAUGACAGGAAACGUCCGGAGUCGUUUGCCCGAUCUAGUGCAGUUGCGGACAAAGCAACCACGUCGCAGAAACUGGGAGACUACUGCGAACGCGAAUGUUCACGCAUGCGCCUGCAGUGAGGAGGAAUGACGCUAGCUCCCAGAUCGCGAUACAUGUGAUGAGACUCGGCCACACCUUCAGGUUGGAUCAGGCCGAAAUUCUCAAAAGAGAUGACAACCGCGUGAGCUGCGAGCUGACUAAGUCAUGAUUCUCGAGUUCGCAUUUAAUUAUCAAGCGGAAUGACCUCCCGCCUCCAUAUUCUCUGCUGCUAUUUUGCCUGCACAAAAUACUUUACUGCAAGCGGAGGGCGCGGGAGUUCAAAAACCCCUGUAACAGUGAGGCAAAGGGCCGAAUGACCGUCACGCCAACCACUAUCAACGAUGAUGAAAUCGCUCGCAUUAACGGCUCGGGUGGGGAUCGCCAAACAGUCAUCACCGCAAAUAGGACCUCAGCGAGUUGUACACGGACCAAAAACAACCAUCAGGCGCCAGGUCAUUAAGCUGAAAAGCCCACUACCACGACAUGCAACAUUCGGAGUCGUUUACCCUGGUCUAAUGCAGUUGUAGGCAAAGCAACUUCUUCGCAGAAACUGGGAGACUGCCCUGGACGCGAAUGUCCGAACAUGCACCUGCAGUGAGGAGGAAUGACGCUUGUUCCCAGAUCGUAGCUUUUUUGAUGGGGCUCAGCCACACCUUCAAGUUUGACCAGGCCGAAAUUCUCACAAGAGGUGAUAACCGCGUGGGCUGCGAGCUGAAUGAGUCACGCUUCUCUAGUUCGCAUUUUAUUAACAAGCGAAAUGACCUUUCACCUCCAUAUUCCGUGCUGCAAUUUUGCCAGCAAAAAAUAAUUGGCCACGAGCGGAGGGCGCUGGGAGACCAACUAUCCCGGUAACGAUGAGGCAAAGCGCCGUAUGACCGUCACAUCAACCAUUAACAACGGUGACGAAAUCGCGGCCAUUAACGACUCGGGUGGGGGUUGACAAACAGUCAUCACAGCAAAUAUGACCCCAGCGAUGAAUGCGAUUGCUUUUGAUCAUCACAGUCGAAUGGUUGUCGGACAACUGCCUCCUAUGGAUACUACGCUCCUUGUGCCUCUAAUACCAUUUCCUGCGGCUGCCUCCGGUGAUGGGUUCCAGUGUGAAUCUGAAACGUCAGGCGAAUAAACUUCCUGUUUUAGUGAUCGCAUCUUGUUCAGUAUUUGACUGUCUUCUGUGUAAAUGUUACUUAUCGGUCCUGCAGGCCUGCCGUCGUAAUAAAAUCAGACGUGACCACCUUCGCUUUUUGCAAGUCUUUACUGCCGACUAGACUGAGGUUUUGGAUUUUUCCCUCAGACGUCACCUGAACACUCACUUUCUGGGCAGAUUUUGCGUUAUCAUCGUCGCCCAUGUCACAUUAAGGUUUCUCCCCUCGCAACGCGUAAGUUAUGCAGCUAUAACUUACAUUUAACACAUUCCUUUACCGCCUUCAAAACUAGUGCGGGUGAGUGUGUGUGUACGUGGUUGCCGCAUUUUACUGACACCGCGUCUGCUCCAAAUUUAACUUUACAAACGCGGGGCGAAGGCAUCCUUCACUUCUAAAAAUAACCUCUUGCCCUAUUUUCUACCGGCACCAUUUAGCAAGUCACAUGUAAAAUGUUCAACUUAACCUUCGAACAAACUGUUUCUUGUACAUCCUCUGACACCAAGCAGGCAGCCGCUGUUUUCGCCUGCUCCGACGUGGCUUAAAAGUGAUCUCCCGUCUUACCCUAUCUUGCCUGUAGAUCCAACUCAGAUUGAUGCCAUUUGUGGUCUCUGGACUCAUUAUUUUUUUCCGUCCUACGGAAGCUCGCUUCCUCUUUAUCUCGGUUUCAACCGAAGAGAGGAAUUGAGAAACCUCGACUCACAACUUGCCGCGAAGUGGGCCGUCAAAAUUAUCGAUUACCACGAGCGAACCUCGCUUGCGUCGACUCACCGGUUGAGUUCACGUGCUUCUGUGUGAGGGGUGGGGAUUGCUAAAUUAGAGCCGUCAAGAUACUCAGAAAUGUACUCCGGUGCGUGCAUAUGGUUUAACUGGGACUGUUGUAAGGUUGGGCUUGUUAGAAGAGCAAAAAUAGUAGUUUGAACGGAUAGAGUAGACUGAAGGAGUACAAACUUCAAAAAACACACCGAUCACAUGAAGGAGGACCUGGGUAAGUCAUAUAUGGAAACACCCGGAAACUGAGAGAAGCCCUUGUGCUAUGCGGUCCGAACGCAGAUAACGAUUCCAGGAGACGUACACAACUUAAGUGGUUGACACCUUUUGGCGCAGUCGCGGGGGUCAGUAAGCUCGCGUACUUCAGGUUGCUGGAAGUUUGCACGACGUAGAAACCGCUGCAUUCCGGACAGGUCAGCUCUGUUAGCAUCUUCUGAGGCAUUUCUCAGUCUGCGCCUAUUUCUGUGUCCUACAGGGUUGGCUGAUCGGAACGUCCGCUCGGCACCGACCUUUACUUGGCCGUAUGUCCUUUCUCUGCCAGGUUCCCCAGUGGGGAUGUAUUUCCCAAAAGAUUACGUCGCAUUAGUAGGCAAAGGCUGUUACUAACAGUGGAUUACAUUUGCUAUUGUCCACAAAUUAAUAAAGAUUUUAUCAUUAUUUUUUAUGCUUAUAAAUUUAACCUGAUUUUGGGGUCGUAAAAGACUCGGUCCGAGUCAAUAUGUGUCCAUUGUCCUACUGCGAAGGGUUUGCUGUGUAACGCGGCGGAAAAAGUAGCUUGUGAUGCAACCCAGUAAGAAGGCAAUGUCAAAAUUCGAAAAAGUCAACAGAGACGAGAGGGCGUGAUUACAGUCCGAGAACUUAGAGUCUCGACUCCAGAUCCUCAAGAUGGGUGUUCUCUGGCUAUGUGAAGUCCUUAUUUCGAGCAGCCUGCAGCAUAGAAAAUGUGUCUUGUAAGAACACUGGUCAAGCACAAAACCGUUUGUUCACUUUUCUGAACUUUCAAACACGUGCAGGAGUCCGUCGUCAGAGAUAACAGCAACAACAGAAAAAGGAAGAUCUAUAGGAAACACUAGCCAAUCAGCAGUCAGUGGCAUAGGUUUGGGGAUGACUGCGUAGGGCCCCCCAUGCCAGCGCCAGACCGACGCAUCGAUUGACUAAGUUCUCAUCUGAGUCCCCGCUUUCAAUCCGUUCUCGGCUUGCCUUGCGUCCGGAAUUUGACAUUAUCUUGGCAGCGGCGGAGUUGAACUCGUGACCUAUUUCGAAGGCGUGGACUGCUCUUGGCAAUAAUUCCUCAACCCCCAUCGUUCGGCAAGCUUAUGUUCGUGUACGUGCGAUCUGUGCAUGCUUUCAGUCUGACUUACGUAGUUACAAGGACAUUUUUAGCAGAGGAUACGAAUUACUACACCAGGCUGUCCUCCGUGGUUUAAAGAGCUCUUAAUUUUCAUGACUCUGCUGCGCGUUGGGCCGGUUCGCAAUUCCAAUACCCGGCCCCGCAGCUAGGCUCUUGAUCGCCUUUGAAACACCCUUGAUGUAUGACAGAGCAUGCCUAUCCUCCGUAGUGUUUCUGUUCUCAUCCUCAGGGAACAAAUAGCUGAACAUCGACGUAUAAACACCCCCGAGUGGGCAUACUACAUAAAUUGUUUACGGUGUUAUUCGGACCUACUCGCUUCUCCCUCCGAUUUACAGAAGGGAGUCUGAAUCCGUUUAAAGAGUCUUCUCAUACGGUUUCUCUUGUGAGCCAGCGGAUGUUUGCUGUGUGGUGUUCGUUGCCCUCCUUUAAACGGUCCUCGCCUGAGUACCACAUCACAGAAGCGCAGCAGUUGCUCCAUUCCUUCCUUCUCCGCUAAUUGUGUUUCCGGGGAGACUGUUUUGAGCUCAGCUCAUUGGAUUCAAUGCCAAAUUAUGCCAGACAUGGCUAAUUCAGUCUGAAUUGUCACCUUUUUUGACAUCAACCAGCGUGGCAAAAUGUACUCACGAAAAACCACGAUGCUUAUUUUUUUUUGCUCGGCACAUGUGUUUUUUUAUUAAGCAAAGCUGUCUCUACAUCCCGAAUUCAAGACCUGAGUCCUACGGGCUGGUGAUUGAUGCUUAGACAACCGACAAUGGGAACUGUGCCAGAGAUGGGUUUCAAAAUUCAUCCUGCCCAAAAUUAAGAAUAUUCUUAAACGUGAGCGCACGCGCACCUGAUAGAACGGGAAAUCAAGUCGUUUCCUAGGCAGUUGGUCUGAUUUCCGUUUUUCUUUAGAGGAAACGAGAUUGGCCUAAAGGAAGUAAACCUGGACCUACUCAUUGGCAUCUUUAGCACUAGAAGGCAAGCGGAUAAUCAUUUACGCGGAGCCAUGUAAGUGACAGAUUGAAGCACUGUUUUCCCGAAAUAAGUUUGAACAAGGCGAAGGGGACGAAGCAUGGAGGAUUUAAUGGCGUCGUAAAGUUUCGUGAUCUCUUAUGCAACUGCGUAUGGUCAUUGAUUAUAAAUAUAAGACAAACUGUCCAACUAAAUAGCGACCUUGAGGGGCGAAGUGUGAUAGGUAAAAAAAGGAUUGACUAUUGGUCUGAUAUGUGGGUACGCAUGGAAGGGGGAGGUAAGCGGGAGGGAAGCUGCCCAGGCAAACUAGUUUAGGUUACAGGCGAACGUGAUUAAAAUUGCAACGCGCUGACAGCAGUCAGCAAUGCAGGGAAGAGAGGGGGGUGUGCAGACGGGAGAGGGAAUUGGAUUUCGUCAAUUUAUUGAUCGCUGUCAUGGCAGUGCGAAGUUGAUCAUGUGAUCUGCCUGCUUACAGGUGUCAGUUCCUCUCUCAGUAUUGCAGCAUCGUCUGCAAGGCGCAGGAGACGUUCGGUCGUCGCCCGAAGUAGGACCGUAAAUGGAGUCAUUAAGUCCGCUGUAUGGUCAGUAGGUGCUUCGUUAUUGAACUCCCGGGUACCUGGAUCACGGAAUUUUAUGGAGUCAUUAAAUUCUGCAUGUUUCGUCGCGUUUGCCUUCGAAAGGGAGGAGAGAGAGAGUCUUUUCAACGGUGUUUCCCGUAAGUAAAGUAGUUUUUUAGCCAACCCUGGGCCAUGUGUAGGAUCACAUUUGAAGAGACUAUUGCAUUUCCACACCAGAACAUUUUACAGAAACACUAACCCCUAAAUGGUCAUUAGAUCUAGCCAAGAAACAGGAAUACAUUAUCUCGAAUCUGGGCUGAAAUGAUAGUGCGAGUACUCCCGAGGUUCGAAGUUUUCGAAAACUAAUAUCGAGGAGGAGCUUGGAAAGAUCCAGGACUUGUUUCGCGAAAAUGGGCUUCCUAGAAGGUUUAUUGCAAAGAAUAUUUUCGAGCAACCGAAAGAACCCACCAUCCUGAACUCCAAAAUGUAACCUCCGUCCCCCAAAGUCCUUUUCUGAGAAAACGUUGCGAGUGAACUCCUAAGAAGACGCCUUGAUCAAGCUGUUUUACAAACAUUCCGAGCAGCAGGGGUCCGAAUACUAUUCUCUGUCAACAGCAUUUUACGCGGCGAAGGUAAGAACGGGCUGCUAUCUCAGUGUACAUCUACUCCUUCACUUGCUCCUCUAUGGCAGGUUAUAUCGGCCGCGCGGGUCGGACCCUAUCCAAAAGAAUACGGAAACACCCCCGGCAUGGCUGGGAAAAGGCGAAGCAAAAAGUGCUGACCAGAGCUGUGAAGGAAAAGGACAAACACAAAUGUUUUCUGGAGAGCAAUACACUUAAUUAAAGUGCAAGUGAGUAUCACCAUGCGAAGAGCUUAACUUUUUACCGAUCGAUAUAAUUAUGCCCUACUGACUGCACAGAAGACUGAUUAGAGUUUUGUCCUAUCAUCUGCUUGCCCGUGUUAAAGUGGAUUUUGUCAUAUAUUCAAUCUGGCCCUUGUGGAAAACUGUCUCAGAUAGUCACCCCCUCCCCCCUCAACAGAUGUUGUGACUCAAGGGGACUUCAUAAAAGUCAAGCGGACAUCCCGACAGAGGCUUAUGAAUAAUCAAAAAGACAGUUAGGUGUUCCCUGUGUGUAAACGUCCAGUCAUUUUCGCUCGGCGCAUUUUCUGCAUACCAGCCCUUGUUCUCGGUUCUUUUGCAACUGAGUUCUGAGCUAGCGCAGAGGUAUCUUACGUCCUGGCAGCGGAAUCUGCCCCUGACAGUGAAAGAGAGAGCCCACGUGAAUUGGACUCAAUAGACGACCCCUGACACUGGACUUUCAGUAGAAGCCACACCCUUCCUCCAUUUAUUUUUUAAAGGCAAUUAGGAAAAAAAGCAUGAGACAUACAUCAAGGCACUUUUAUGCAUUUUGGAAGAAAAAUACUGCUCAAGCGUUGCUGCACUACUGAUAAGGCAGAAGCGUUGUUGCAAAGUAGAAUGUCGAUUUUCAGGCGAAUUUACCUCCACUCCGUCUUGUCAAUAGCGUUAGUGGGAAGGGGGGCUGUUUCGGUGGUAUGGACACUUUCUGUGAAUUUUCCAGUACUUGGAAAUAGCUUCUGUAUCUCGUCGAAAGGUUGAUCGAACUUUUGAUGUCUUGUGCUCAUUUCGUGGGAAGUUAUGCCUACGUGAAACCGGACGCUUGAAAUGCGAUAAUUUGUGGAUACAGGCCAACUAGUGAUCAGUGACCCAAGUCUAGAGGCGACUGCACAGGGCUCUUUAUGCAGACACCAGAUAGAUCGAUGCAGCGAUCUGGCGCUAGGCUACAGCGAUCUACGCAGUCACCUCCAGGCUUGCAUCACUGAUCUUUGAUUGGCUCAUACAGUUUCUUGUUCUAUUGUCGGUUUUUUAUCCCCUGUCGCUUUUAUCCCUCUAACCUGUUGUCGCUUUUGUUGCGAGGAAGCAAUAUGCCGUCUCAACAUUUAUCCGACAGUUUUACUACUAUCGCUCUUUGUGGCAAUCCGCGCCUCCUAGCUCUCCUUCGCUUUGUCACGCUGCCCUCCUGCCCGCCUCACACUCCCUGUCAAUCCGCUGGUGGGGCGCGCGAGCGCUCGAGGCCAAUGAGCGCUGUCCCUUCUCUGAUUGGCUGGCGACAGUGAGGCAGAGAGAACGGCGCACAUACGCGCUCGGGUCUAGGCGCCUCUACGGCGUAUACAAACACAACUUGCUUGGAGAGGCCACUCGCAGUGACUGCUUUCAGAGCCUUGUAUACACACUUCGUCGGCAGUAAAAGUUGUUCACCCCAAUCCUCCUUCCUUGACUUCUGAUUUGUGAACAUCUGACUUGUCGAUCAUACCAUCCGACACGCUUUCCUUUCCGUCGUUUAGCCCCACCCAUUUAACCCAUACUACACAAUGACCUGGUUUUUGUUCUCUGAGUGGAAUCGCAUGCUGCGCACUUGCCAAUCAGACAAAUACGACGAUCGACCAGCUUUCUCCAUUCUUACUCUCACAUGCGCCUGAAACUCAAAAAUUCGCCUCCAAUACGACUAUUUGUGCGAUUGUUCAUUUUACUAAACAGACGCACAUCCAUGAUUUGCGUGUGUGGUUGGGUUACAGUGAAAUUCCCCACAGAGCAGACAUGAAAAGUUAGAUUAACACUCAUCCUAAGAAGUAAAAUCAAACCAAUACAUCCGCAUAAAAACUAUGAAAGGCAUGCACCUUAUUGGAGUUGUGAUAUUUUGUGACCAGGUGUCUGGAGAUAUUACCAGCCUGAAGUUAGUAUGCUACCGCAUGGGAACAGAUUAAAAUCAGUAGUUAAAUCCAACUUUUUUCUACCUGACUGCAUGAUCAAAAUUACAAGUCAAUGUUUCUCGGGUUUCAGUUACCUUGUUGAGAGUUGGUCUCUCUGUAGCUCUCAAGACGUGCAGUAGAGUCUAUAUUACCAACGUGAACUUGAAAAUACCCGUCUUUAAACACCUGGCCCGUGUCGUGCAAUUACGACCUCUAAUUUUUUGCGCAUUGUGAUACUCAUGGACUGCGGGGGACUAUUUCCGUGGAAAGAACGCAUCUCUCGGGUCUAAAAUGCUUUCGUCAGCAAAAUUUUACCCUUGGGGACAAUUUUAAAUUGUUUAAUGAACUAAAGCCUUAGGGCACGAGCCAAUGCGGUCUUUGCAGUGACGUGAAAACAGCGCGAGUAAACUCUCAAACUACUGCUUAACGUGAUAGGAUGAAAUCUGUCUCUGUCUCUGCCUCUCUCUCUCACACACACACAGCCGGGGUAACUUUGUUGGUAACCCUGUCGGUCAGACGAUUAUAAUGCAGUCGAGCGUGUUAUUGUAUGUUUGCUAUCCGCAAACACGCCUCCAAUUGACCAGCGAACUUUGCCGUUGCCUUGGUUGGACGGUAAGUGGCAACCUGCCUGACCUAGAGGCCACACCCCGGUAACCGCCUCGAUCAGUGGGCUAAAACCGACGAGGGUAUCCGGUGCCGUGUGUUCUCUACACGCUGUAAUUCUUCUCCCAUUCCCGUCCCCCCCCGCCCUUCUCUCCAAUCCCCCCACUCCCCCCUUCCCGCCCGUCACGUCUCCCACUAAUCUCCACCCUCCAUCCUUCCAAUUAAAUUAUUCACACAUAGAGGGCGACGUUCAAGCCUAAGCGACCCAAGCUAACUCUAUCGCAGAAGCCUUAGCCAAGAGUGAAAGAUCGUGCCUACCACGACCUACAGGCCCGGUCCCGAAAGGAAAGAGUUGGCAACCGGACUAAGGCCCGUCCGGCGCCAGGUGAGCGGACUUCAAAGAGUGUGAGGGAUUACGUCAAAGCAUCUAAAGUCAGGAUACGUCUGACUCUGCCUUGUACCUGAUUGGCCAGUUGGGAGGCCGAGUGGGAGAAUGCCAGACAGUCCUGGUGCCCACGUGCAGACACACGUGAGAGACCCUGAAUUUCAGCAGGCGCUCGGAGUAGGACCACUACAACUCGGGUGGUUCUCCCAUUAACUAAAGCUGUGGCCCAUAGUGGAAUUUGGCAGCUAUUUGAGAUGCUCAAACAGUCCUAAUUAGGACAGGCACUGCUUGUCUCUUCACGGAAAGGAAAUGGAAACGAUGUCCUAAACAAAUGCUGAGAACACAUUAUUUGUAUACAGGCUGUGGCUCCUAGGUAAACAACUCAAGGUCAAAACAAUCAAACAAACAACAGCCCUCGUCUUCGCUCCCUCGCCCCGUCUUACAAGCUGCUGGGGUGAGUUUUCUACUUUGGCAAACAUAAAUUGCCUUUCCCUUUUAGACAAUCCAAAAAGCAGUCAGUCGGAACGAAGGGCGACGUUACUCGCACGAGAACUGGCGCGUUACAAGUUGGGCAUUGUUUCUCUCAGCGAAACCUGCUUCUUCCAACAAGACCAACAGGAGGAGGUGGGUGCUGGCAACACCUUCCGGAGCGGUCGCCUAAAGGCAGACCGACGCGACGCAGGUAUCCCCUUUGCCAUUCGGAGCGACACCAUGGGGCGACUCUUUUGUCUGUCGCAGGACGUCAACAAGCGCUUAGUGGGUUUGUGCUUGUCCUUUCGGGGAGCCAAAUUAGUGUUCAUCUGCAGUGCCUACGCCCCCCUUCCCCCAAAUGAUCAACCCCAGCGAAGUGAAGGCUGAAUUCUACAGAGGUCUGCACGACCUCUUGGCGUUUGUGCCGAAGGCGAACAAGCUAGUGGUGUCAACGGCGGACUGCUACUCAUUUGACGGUCUUGGAUGCCCUCGGAAGUUCAUGUCGUCAGCGCCAGGACUGACACAGUCGUCAGCCAUCUCCUCGCUGAAAAGCACAGGCUGCACGAGUUCUGUAUGAACUAUCGAACCGAUUCCGCCAAAGCGGUCGUCUUCCUCGAUCGCCACUUCGUGCAGCAGCGACUGCUGGACUUAAAAGACCGACUAGGUUCAGGGGUAUGCUGACGGCAAUGAGAUCAUGGACUUCAUCGUAUCAGUCUAGGCGGUCAACGGCCCUCCAACCACAGGAACCAUGCCAUUUAUCAGAUCCAACAGAACGGCGCUGCUGGCGGAGAAAUCGGAUUUUGAAAUUCUGGGCAGAGUACUUUAGAAAUGUCCCCAACCGCUCAUCUACAAGUUCCGUCGACUCCAUCGGACGACUCCCUCAAAUGGAAACGAACAACGGCCUGGAUCUCUUGCCUUUGCUCGAAGAAACAAUCCGAGUCGUGCACCGACUCACCAAUGGGAGAGCACUGGGGUCCAACGCGGUUCUUGUCUGCACGACUGCCUCCGGCUGAAUGAUCAAAAUACAACGCUAUUCCAGGGAAUGUGAUGUUAAGUAUGACUUCCUCAGGAUUUCAGGGGUGCGAUAAUCGUCCAUCCUUACCAAUAGAAGGGAAACCGACAACUCUGUGAUGACCACAGAAGAGUCCCACUGCUCCUCAUCACCAGGAACAUCUUCGCUCGCAUCGUCACAAUGGCCAUCUCGAACACGGACUUCUGCCGGAAAGUUAAUUUGAAUUUGGACCCCGCCAUGGAACCAUUCACAUAAUCCUCGCUGCCCGCCAGCUUCCAAGAGAUGCAGAUCCACCUCUGCCACCACUGCCUUCGUUGACUUGGCGAAAACGCUGGACACGGCGACUCGCGUUGGCUUGGGAAAAUCAUGCAGAAAUUCGGGUGUCUGGACUGAUUCACGCAUAUGGUACUUCAGCUUCACAAAGGGAUGAUGGCGCGCAGCACGAACAAUCGGGCCGUCUCAAAGGCAUCAGCAAUAACCAACGCAGUGAUGACAGGACGAAUAGGGCUCAUAUUUAGUGACAUGCUGAUGGACAUCAAUCAUGACGUGCGUCCGGGGAUCCACAUCGUCUGCAAGAUCGACGGUUAUCCUCUUAGUGACCUGUGCAUUCAGGCCUCAACGCGUCUGAAUACGACUACUAUUCACGAUCUGCUCUUCGCUGACGACGUCUCACUCAACGCCGUGACAGUAGCUGACAUUCAACGGAGCAUGGAACUCUUCAUCACCCGCUGCACCAAUUUCGGAUUCACCAGCAGUACGGACAAAACGGGGGUCAUGCGUCAUUCAUCACCCAACGCUGCAUAG